CUAUCACUCACUCACUCGGUGGAGUUGGAAUUCCCAGAUACACCAGACGAGAGUGUCAGCAAAGACCGUUGUUUUGGAGCUUCCUUUAUAUUCUCUUAGAUCAAUGGAGCCGGAUCUGUGUAACCACUUCUCCCCAACCUCCAAACAGUCUCUGUUAAAUGUUCACCAGGUGAUUGCAAAUUUGCAACAAGUUUGAAUUCAACAUUUGCUUCCUUUAUCUUGGAACAUGGAUGGUAUGGAUGAUAGGAAGAUGGGGUGUAUGUCUGGAUUUCUUCAGCUUUUUGAUCGACAUCACAUUUUAGCCGGCAAAAGGCUGUAUACUACUAAGCGUCUUCUUCCUUUUACGGAGGUUAAUGAUACAUCCCAGGAAAUAGGGAAGGAAAGGAUAAAAGGGCAUCCAGCGAAAGUAGUGGCUGCACCUAGUCCAGAGCGAUUAAAAGAGUCUCCUCCAUCAAAGCUCCAAUCGGUUUGCCAUGCUGCUUUUGUUGCAACUGAGACACCACCAAAAUCUCCGCUUCCUCUUCCAAUUUUUGAAGUGAAAGAUGGGGGAAAGUCUUCUUGGAAGAUCAGGAAAGAAGCUCCGAGGCUCUCACUUGACAGCCGAGCCACAGUUGAUGCUAAGGGAAGCCUUCACCCGAAGGAGAUCCAAAUUAAUGCUUCGAGUAUGUCAGCAAACACUUGUGAAAAUGCCAAAGAUUUAGUUGUCACUGAUGAGGAUAAACAGCACCGAUGCCCUAGUGUCAUUGCAAAGCUGAUGGGACUUGAGGCUUUGCCGGAAUCAAGUUCACAGACUACACAGAAAGCUGAGCUGCGAAGAUCUGCAUCGGAGUCGAGAGUUUCAAGAGACUUGUUUCAAUGUCACUUCAUUGAGGGAAAUCGGUUUGAGUUCAACGAACCAAACUACUUGCAGUUUAACAUUCCGAACUGUGUAAUGACUGAGAAUGUAGAAAUUGAUUGUAGAAGGUCUAUGCUGAAUGCCAGGCACCGAGGCCAAUUGGAGUCUGGAUUAGGAAUUGAGAAAUCCGAAAGGCCAAGGAGUUCAAAUCGAGGUUUAAGCUCAACAUCAUGGAAGUCUCCACAACAUCGCAAAUGCUUUUAUGAUACAGCUGACAUUUUCCCAGAGCCUACACAGAUAGUCCCACACCAUGGAGAGAUCAACAAGAGAUUGAGGAUCAGAGGGCUUGAUGAACCUUCUAAAGAUCUGGAGUCGUUGAAGCAAACUCUAGAGGCUUUGCAACUCAAAGGGCUCCUGCAUAGCAAAAAGCCUUCAGAGCAAAUCAACCGCCUUAAUGUCAUAUAUGAUCCCUGUUUCACCUGUGACGAGUCUCAGAUAGUAGUGAUGAAAUCUUCCAGGUCCAUUUCACCAGUCAAUAGAAAAAAUAGGAAUGAUACACCUCCACCUAACAUGUGUAGCCGAACUGGUUUUAACCAGAAUAUCAAUCACUCAACUGAAAGUCUGCCAUCAGUAAGCCCAUAUAGGGAACGGCCUACUGAUCGGAAUGCUCACAGUCCUUUAAGAACUACCGGUUCCACUUUGCCAAAUCGAAGAGAUGGAAGUGUGAGGCAUUCAAAUUCUGUGAUACAACCUAAGUUAGUUGAUCCCCAGCGAAGAGCAAGUGAGUCAAUUGAGUAUCAAAAGCCCUCUUCGUUUCAGUCACCUAAAGUUAUCUCUAGAAGGAAUUGUUUCGAGCAAAAUUCCACAAAACAAUCAUGGAACAAAAAAUCACUGGCACAGGUUCAUCAGAAGGAGAAAAUCACAAACUUCAUAGCAUAUGAUGAAUCGUCUUCCAUUUCUGAAAGCAGCCUUACUGCGCCAUUUCAGACCCGAGGAGAGAGAUCAAACACAGAGUACAAUGAAGGAAGGAACCUUUUGGAGAGGUGUGACAAGCUGAUUCAUAGUAUUGUUGAGAUGACAGCCACAGAUAUGCAACCAAGCCCAGUAUCCGUUCUGGACUCCGCUUUCUACAAGGAAGACUCACCAUCUCCUUCACCUAUAAGGAAGCAAAGCAUUGAAUUCUUAGGCGAUUUUGACAAUGAGAUACCAAGGGCUGAAAUUCCACCGGUCCAAUCAAAAUCCAAGGACACAACAGUAGACUGUGAUAUAAGUUAUAUCACAGACAUUCUUCGGGCAUCUGAUUGCCUUCCCAAAGAAUCCGACAUCUUCCUACUUUUGGAGAAACAACAAUUUCUCAAAGGAAAAGACACAUCAGAAGAUUCUAGGUUGCAAAGGAAGCUGAUCUUUGACACUAUCACUGAAAUUCGGGACAGGAGCAGGCAAGUGCCUCCAUGGAAAGUAUAUUCAUGGUCGAAUUCUGUUACUGCACAGCCAUCAGUGCAAAAGGUCUUGUCGGAAUUCCAAAGAAUCCGAGAACAGGAAGUUUCCAAUGACUUGUUUGAGAUCAUUUGCAGAACUCUCAAAAAAGAUCUGGCACAAGAUGCUGUUAAUGGUUGGGGAGAUUAUCCAAUAGAGAUGUCGGAGACAGUGUUGUACAUGGAAAGGCUUAUAUACAAGGACUUAAUGGGCGAAACAAUCAGUGAACUUGCAUCAUUUGCCAGCAAAAGUAGCGCCAUUACAGCAUCGCGUAGGAAGUUAGUCUUUUGAACCGAGAGGCACUGACGCAAACUACAGGUAGAAACUAACUGCUUCCAAUUUAUGCACUUUUUUCAUUCUUUGCCAAAUUUGUUUUGAGUUUCUGAUGGUGAACUCUAAGUUGAAGCCAGCCGAUAUUCAUGGUUUCUUUAGUAAUCGUUCCCUUGCACUUUUGCCUUGCCAAGUUUGUUUGAGCUUCUAUUUGGUUUUUAACUACCAAGAAAUUUCUAAUUGCUGAUAGUUUGCUUGCAAAGCUGUAAAAUUGGGGGAAAGACUUGUAUUAAAGAUGUUGAAUUUACAGCUUCCAUUGUUUAUAAUUUAUUGAGGAAAACAAAUUUUGCUUUGAGCAUUUUGUGGAAAUGAAAGGAG